AUGCGCUUCACAGAUACUGCUCUGCUUCUUGGCAGCGUUUCUCUAUCCACCGCGCUAAACCCAGGCUGCGCACCGGGCGGCAACUUUGACCUCUCCCACUGGAAGCUGCAGCUGCCCUCCGGCAAGCCCAACCACCCGGACGAGAUCAGCGCCGACCGGCUCGGCGACUGCCACGGCUACACCAACGCCAAGUACUUCUUCACCGACAAGUCGGACGGCUCGCUCGUGCUCACCGUCCCUGGCGACAAGAGCAACUCGGACUGCGUCAGCACCGAGCACAGCGACCACUGCCGCUGCGAGCUACGCGAGAAUAAGCCUACCAGCUGGGACCCUCAUGCCGACAAGAACCGCCUGUUUGGCGAGCUCAAGGUCACCAAGAAUGACGGCGAGAUUUGCAUCGGCCAGAUCCACGUCGACGACAGUGUCUCGCACAAGCCCGUCGCCGAGCUGUACUACAACGCCGCGGGAGACCUGAAGAUGGGCGUGCAGCUGUGCGCGGACAACAGCUGCAAGCAGCAGCGCGUCGAUGUCGACCACGUGCCCAAGGGCCAGCGCUUCACGUACGAGAUUCGCUACGAGAAGAACAUCUUGUCGGUCAGCAUCAAUGGCAAGGCCUUUCAGAAGCUGGACACCCACAAGCUCAACGGACCGAAGAGCUACUUCAAGGCUGGCAACUACAACCAGAAGAGCGGCCCGACCGAGGUUCAAUUUUACCAGAUCAAGGUUUCUCAUUAA